CGCCGUCCCCCCUCCCUCCCCGCGGCGCCGCGUCUUGAAUGGAAACAUGGCGGUGCCGGCUCGGACCUGCGGCGCCUCUCGGCUCGGCCCGGCGCCCGGCGCGCUGCCCCGGCCCGGACCCCCGCGCCCCCUGCUGCUGCUGCUGCUGCUGCUGCUGCUGCUGCCGCCGCCGCCGCUGCUCGCCGCCCGCGGCGCCGCCGCCUACAGCUUCCCCCAGCAGCUCACGAUGCAGCACUGGGCCCGGCGCCUGGAGCAGGAGAUCGAUGGCGUGAUGCGCAUCUUCGGUGGCGUCCAGCAACUCCGGGAGAUCUACAAGGACAACCGGAACCUGUUUGAGGUGCAGGAAAACGAGCCUCAGAAGCUGGUGGAGAAGGUGGCAGGGGACAUCGAGAGCCUGCUGGACCGGAAGGUGCAGGCCCUGAAGAAAUUAGCCGAUGCUGCUGAGAGCUUCCAGAAAGCCCACCACUGGCAGGAUAACAUCAAGGAGGAAGACAUCGUGUACUAUGAUGCCAAGGCUGAUGCCGAGCUGGAUGAUCCCGAGAGUGAGGAUAUGGAGAGGGGAUCAAAAACCAGCACACUAAGGCUGGACUUCAUUGAGGACUCCAACUUCAAGAACAAGGUCAACUACUCCUACACAGCCGUGCAGAUCCCCACAGACAUCUACAAAGGCUCCACCGUUAUCCUCAAUGAGCUCAACUGGACAGAGGCCCUGGAGAACGUGUUCAUCGAGAACCGCAGGCAGGACCCCACCCUGCUGUGGCAGGUCUUUGGCAGCGCCACAGGGGUCACGCGCUACUAUCCAGCCACCCCAUGGCGAGCCCCCAAGAAAAUCGACCUGUACGACGUCCGAAGGAGACCCUGGUACAUCCAGGGGGCCUCGUCGCCCAAGGACAUGGUCAUCAUCGUGGACGUGAGUGGCAGCGUGAGUGGCCUGACCCUGAAGCUGAUGAAGACGUCCGUCUGUGAGAUGCUAGACACGCUGUCCGACGACGACUAUGUGAACGUGGCCUCGUUCAACGAGAAGGCACAGCCUGUGUCGUGCUUCACUCACCUGGUGCAGGCCAACGUGCGGAACAAGAAGGUGUUCAAGGAGGCUGUGCAGGGCAUGGUGGCCAAGGGCACCACAGGCUACAAGGCCGGCUUUGAGUAUGCCUUCGACCAGCUGCAGAAUUCCAACAUCACUCGUGCCAACUGCAACAAGAUGAUCAUGAUGUUCACGGACGGCGGUGAGGACCGCGUGCAGGAUGUCUUCGAGAAGUACAAUUGGCCCAACCGGACGGUGCGCGUGUUCACUUUCUCCGUGGGACAGCACAACUAUGACGUCACACCCCUGCAGUGGAUGGCCUGUGCCAACAAAGUGCGUGUCUCUAGACAGUCUUGUCAUCUGAGCACCUCCUGCCCAUCUGUCAGGCUGUCCAUUGUCCAUCUUUCUGCCAGCUCGUCUGCUCCUGCACCUGUUUCCCGGUCAACCCAUCUCUCUGUGCAUUUGGACCCCAUCCUAGGUUACUAUUUUGAGAUCCCUUCCAUCGGCGCCAUCCGCAUCAACACGCAGGAAUAUCUGGACGUAUUGGGCAGGCCCAUGGUGCUGGCGGGCAAGGAGGCCAAGCAGGUGCAAUGGACCAACGUGUAUGAGGAUGCGCUGGGGCUGGGGCUGGUGGUGACAGGGACCCUCCCUGUUUUCAACCUGACACAGGAUGGCCCUGGAGAAAAGAAGAACCAACUGAUUCUGGGUGUGAUGGGCAUUGACGUGGCUCUGAAUGACAUCAAGAGGCUGACUCCCAACUACACACUUGGUGCCAACGGCUACGUGUUUGCCAUUGACCUGAAUGGCUACGUGUUGCUGCACCCCAAUCUGAAGCCACAGACCACCAACUUCCGGGAACCUGUAACUCUAGACUUCCUGGAUGCAGAACUGGAGGAUGAGAAUAAGGAGGAGAUCCGUCGGAGCAUGAUUGAUGGCAACAAGGGUCACAAGCAGAUCAGAACACUGGUGAAGUCCCUGGAUGAGAGGUACAUAGAUGAGGUGACGAGGAACUACACCUGGGUACCUAUCAGGAGCACCAACUAUAGCCUGGGGCUAGUGCUCCCACCCUACAGCACCUUCUACCUCCAAGCCAACCUCAGCGACCAGAUCCUGCAGGUCAAGUUGCCAAUCAGCAAACUGAAGGAUUUUGAGUUCCUGCUCCCCAGCAGCUUUGAGUCUGAAGGCCAUGUUUUCAUUGCUCCCAGAGAGUAUUGCAAGGACCUGAAUGCCUCAGACAACAACACCGAGUUCCUGAAAAACUUCAUUGAACUCAUGGAGAAAGUGACUCCAGACUCCAAGCAGUGCAAUAACUUCCUUCUACACAACCUGAUCUUGGACACAGGCAUCACGCAGCAGCUGGUAGAACGUGUAUGGCGGGACCAGGACCUCAACACGUAUAGCCUCCUGGCCGUGUUUGCUGCCACUGAUGGUGGCAUCACCCGUGUCUUCCCCAACAAGGCAGCUGAGGACUGGACAGAGAACCCUGAACCCUACAAUGCCAGCUUCUACCGCCGCAGCCUGGAUAACCAUGGCUAUAUCUUCAAGCCCCCACACCAGGAUGCCCUGUUAAGACCACCACUGGAGCUGGAGAAUGACACAGUAGGCAUCCUUGUCAGCACUGCUGUGGAGCUCAGCCUGGGCAGACGCACGCUGCGGCCAGCAGUGGUGGGUGUUAAGCUGGACCUAGAGGCCUGGGCUGAGAAGUUCAAAGUGCUAGCCAGCAACCGUACCCACCAGGACCAGCCUCAGAAGCAGUGCGGUCCCAGCAGCCACUGUGAGAUGGACUGCGAGGUUAACAACGAGGACCUGCUGUGUGUUCUCAUUGACGAUGGCGGGUUCCUGGUGCUGUCCAAUCAGAACCACCAAUGGGACCAGGUAGGCAAGUUCUUCAGUGAGGUGGACGCCAACCUGAUGCUGGCCCUCUACAAUAACUCCUUCUACACCCGAAAGGAGUCCUAUGACUACCAAGCAGCCUGCGCUCCCCAACCACCUGGCAACCUGGGUGCUGCACCCCGGGGUGUCUUUGUGCCCACCAUUGCAGAUUUCCUUAACCUGGCCUGGUGGACUUCUGCAGCCGCCUGGUCCUUGUUCCAGCAGCUUCUCUAUGGCCUCAUCUACCACAGCUGGUUUCAGGCAGACCCGGCGGAAGCCGAGGGGAAUCCCGAGGCGCGCGAGAGCAGCUGCGUCAUGAAACAGACCCAGUACUACUUCGGUUCGGUGAACGUCUCCUACAACGCCAUCAUCGACUGUGGCAACUGCUCGCGGCUGUUCCACGCGCAGAGACUGAGCAACACCAACCUUCUCUUCGUGGUGGCCGAGAAGCCUCUGUGCAGUCAGUGCGAGGUGGGCCGGCUGCUGCAGAAGGAGACACACUGCCCAGCGGACGGCCCGGAACAAUGCGAGCUGGUGCAGAGACCGCGGUACCGGAGAGGCCCGCACAUCUGCUUCGAUUACAACGCGACGGAAGAUACCUCAGACUGCGGCCGUGGAGCCUCCUUCCCGCCAUCCCUGGGUGUCCUGGUCUCCCUGCAGCUGCUGCUCCUGCUGGGCCUGCCCCCCCGACCGCAGCCUCAAGUCCGGGCCCACGCAUCCCCCCGCCUUUGAGCGGCCCCCACCCCACCCCGCAGGCCUUCCCAUCCACACGCCCCCCCUCACUGACGGACCUGAGUGCCAACCCCCCUCCAAGAGGCUGCCUCUAGGAGUUGGGGACCCCAAAGGGGGUUCGCAGGUCUUUGGCCCCCAAGCCACAUGUCACUGAACUGUCAAAGUGUCCCCAGAUGCCUCAUUCCCUCCAGAUUAACCACCACCACCACCAACCCAAGGGUUGGGAAAGGGAAGCCACACCGCCCAUCCCACCUUGCCUCAGGCUCCCUCGUGGGAGACCCAGACCCUGCCCAGCUGGAUUCACCCUUCUGUCCAAUCCAGGACCAAAUCUGAAUUCCCUGAAGAUAAUGGAAGAAAUAAGGGUGGGCAUUCUGAGGCCUUGAGCAUUCCAGCUUAAGUCACCACUGGAGAGAGGUGCUGAGGUAGCCCCAAUGGGCUUCUGUCCCUCUCAGGCCUAUAGCUACCUUCCGUCACCCUCACACCCUAUAGGUGUCAGGACAUGGACAGUGACACUGGCUCACAUACAACCCCAUACACACCCAGAAUCCUGAGGAUAGAAGCUGGAUUCCAUUCAACAUGCCCCAGGGGACACACACACACACACACACACACACACACACACACUGGGCUGAAGUAGGGGUGAAGGCUCACAAAGCCUUAUACAGGGUGCGGGGCUGGUGGGAGGGUUGGCACCGUGCAUAAGCCAUCUCCUGCUCAGCCCCCACCUCUGGUCCAGCUUGCAGCCUAGCUGGUCCUCGGACUCGAAAGCUGAAUGUUACACAGCGCCAAAUGCUGGGGCAGGGGGUAGAGGCCCCUCUAUUCCACCCUACUAGCUGUCAGUGUCUCCCCAGUGCCCCUCGCCUGCCAGGUGCUCAUUGUAACCAUUUCUCACUAGUGUCUGACCCCAGUGGAGCUACAUGUAGCUCUCUGCCUGUGCCCCUUGGCAGAGAAACCCUCACUAGACAUGCUCUUUCUCUUAGUGGGUGUGACUUGGUCUCUCCCUGGUAGAGCCACCCCACCCCCAAUCUGGCCCUCACACUUUCGGCCCAUGCCCACCCCUAUCUCCUUCCCACUCACACACACACUUCCUGUGCCUCUAAGAGACCAAACUGCUAUUCCUUGCUGAACACACACUUGCACACACACAUACAUACAUAUAUACUCUGUGUACACACACACACACACACACACACACACACACACACACACACGCUGGGUCCCUGCACAUCUCUACACACCAUUCAUUAUGGACAUUUCCCCCCAAAGGCACCCCAGCCUGUGGACUAGUGGGAAACUGAGAGCAGAGGGGACAUGGCCAUGGGGCACAAAUAGACUGGGAGGAGGGGGGAGGGUUAUGCAUUAAUUAAUGGCUCCGUUAAUUAAUGUCAUGUUGCUUGUCGCUUUUUCAGUGUGUGUGUGUGUAUGGUCCAUGCCCGCUGCUGGUGCCAGGGUGGGCGCCCACACUGUACACCCAGCCUAGAUGCCAGCCGUGUCUUGCGGGGGCGUGUGUGUAACUGUAGUGUAGUCAGGUGCUCAAUGGAGAAUAAAAUAAAAAAAGAAUCAAACAUAUACAAAAAUAUAUAUUUUAAGUUUAAAAACAGACAAAACAAUCCCCAUCAGGUAGCUGUCCAACCCCCAGCUGGGUCUGAUUCUUCUCAUCACCCACUUGAUCCGGCUGCCCCCUCACCUCGGGCUUGGGGGAAUCUAUGGGGGGGCUGGGGGGCCAUUUCCUUUAUUCUGCCCUUUUUUUUUUCUUUUCUUUUUGGUUAUAUUUUGUACAGACAAGUCGGAAAAACAACAGCGACAAAAAAGUCAAGAAACUUUGUAAAAUAUCGUGUGUGUGAUUCCUUGUAAAAUAUUUUCAAAUGGUUUAUUACAGAAGAUCAGUUAUUAAAUAAUGUUCAUAUUUUCACUUCAAAA